CGGCCCGCCAUGGCGCUGCUCACGGACCUCUACCAGGUCACCAUGGCGUACGGGUACUGGCGCGCCGGGCGGCACCGCGCGCCCGCCGCCGCCGAGCUGCUCUUCCGCCGCUGCCCCUUCGGCGGCGCCUUCGCGCUCGGCGCCGGCCUGGCCGAGGCGCUGCGCUUCCUCCGCGCCUUCCGCUUCUCCGCCGCCGAUAUCGCCUACCUGCGCUCCGUCCUGCCCAGCACCACCGAGGAGGCCUUCUUCGAGUACCUGUGCACCGUGGACGCCUCGGAGGUGACCGUCACCUCCGUGCCCGAAGGCUCCGUCGUCUUCUCCAGGGUCCCGCUCCUGCAGGUGAAGGGUCCGCUGCUGGUGGUGCAGCUGCUGGAGACCACCUUGCUGUGCCUGGUCAGCUACGCCAGCCUGGUGGCCACGAACGCCGCCCGCUUCCGCCUCCUCGCUGGCCCAACCACGAAGCUGAUGGAGAUGGGGCUGCGUCGCGCGCAGGGCCCGGACGGCGGCCUCUCCGCCUCCAAGUACUCCUACAUCGGGGGCUUCGACUGCACCAGCAACGUGCUGGCGGGGAAGCUCUACGGCAUCCCCGUGCAGGGCACCGUGGCCCACUCGUUCAUCAUGUCCUUCACGUCGCUGGCCGAGGUGGAGCCCCGGGUCCUGGCACCCGCCGCUGGAGGAGAGCCGGUGGAUCUGCCCUCGCUGGCUGAGUCGUGGCUGCCGCGGGUGUGCGAGCUGCUGCGGGUGUCCCCGGGCAAAGUGAACCGGGGGGAGCUGGCCGCCUUCGUCUCCUACGCCGUGAGCUUCCCACGCAACUUCCAGGGGCUGCUGGACACCUACUGCGUCAUGCGGAGCGGCCUUCCCAACUUCUGCGCCGUGGCCCUGGCGCUCAACGAGCUGGGCUACCGCGCCAUCGGGGUGCGCCUGGACAGCGGGGACCUGGCGCAGCAGUCCAAGGAGAUCCGCCGAGUGUUUCGUGCUUGUGGUGCCCGCUUCCAGGUGCCCUGGUUCGAGAGCAUCUCUAUCGCCGUGAGCAACGACAUCAGCGAGCGGAGCCUGGAGGACUUCAUCCGAGAGGGGAGCGAGAUCAACGUGCUGGGCAUCGGGACAAACCUGGUGACGUGCCCGCUGCAGCCGUCGCUGGGCUGCGUCUACAAGCUGGUGAAGGUCAACGACUCCCCGUGCCUGAAGCUCACGGAGGACGAGGAGAAGAUGACAAUCCCGGGGGUGAAGAGGGUCUAUCGGCUCUAUGAUGCUGCUGGUUACCCCUUCAUGGACCUCAUGGCCUUGGAGGAGGAGCCCUCGCCCAGCGCGGGCCAGGAGCUCACGGUCCACGUCCUGGGGCACAACGGAGAGGCCCGGAAGGUGAAGGCCACCACCGUGGAGGCCCUGCAUCGCACGUACUUCAGGGACGGACAGGUCAGACCGGCUCUGCCCUCUCCCCUCCAUGGCCUUGGAGCUCGCCUGGCUCUGGGAUGUCCCUGUCCCCACCACGUGGCAUCCUCAUCCAGGCCGUGCUGGGGGAAGGCGGGAGCCCCGUGGCUGGAGAAGGAGCGUCUAGCCCUGUGCCUAACCCGACCUGGGUUUUCUGUGGUUUAAAAACGUUACUAAUCUGGGGAGCGCCGGGCGC